UGGAUCUCCGUGAAGACCCGCAGCAUGUUCCCCCGCAGCGCUGCUCCGCGGGGCCGGUCAGCCCACAGUAACGGCCUGCACCCGCUACCUCCCGUGACCCGAUAUUACGAUUACAAUCACCAAAGCGUGUCAGGUGUCAACAGCUUCUGUGCUCCUACACGAGAGAGAUUUCCUACAUAUGAAUGGAAACCUCCACCACCCACCUCUCCAGUCCCUCCUCCUCAUAGACCAACUAUGAUCAACGGGCGCAAGAGGCAGAAUGAUGAAUACAGCCCCCGUGCUGUGAAGCGCCAACGCCUUGACUCCCCUUCCCACACACGGAUAGGCCCCCCUUUAAUUCGGGCCCCUCCCCCUCCUCGUCAUCCUGACCACGCGGUGGCUGGGUCCUCCACAUCAUCCUUCUCCGGCUUUGAUCACUCUUAUCCCAGCCCACACUCCCAUCCCCGCCCUCAGGAGCCUGCUGUCCCUGAGAGCUCCAACAGCCUACAGGCCUACGCUAAGGACAAGCUGAGUGGUCAGAUGGUGGAGCUGUUUGAGGCAUGCCAGCAGCAAACUUCAGAUCUGGAUCGGAAGGAGAGGUGCCGUGCACGGCUGCAGCAAGACAUACAGCGAGUCUAUGCAGUGGCACGGCUUUACUUGACUGGAUCUUCCAUGAAUGGAUUGGGCUGCCGGAGCAGUGAUGCUGAUCUGUGUCUGGUCCUCAAGGGAAAUAAAAGACAUGAUCCUAUUCAAGUGCUGUCUGUCCUCCAAAGGUUGUUUAGAUCACUCUCAUAUGUGGAGAGGACUCACCUGAUCAGAGCCAAAGUGCCGAUCCUCAGGUUCAGAGAGAGAGGCAGUGAUCUGGAGUUUGAUCUGAAUAUCAACAACACAGUGGGCAUCAGGAACACAUUCCUUCUGAGGAGUUACGCCUAUGCUGAUCUCAGGGUAAGACCCAUGAUCCUUGUUGUCAAGAAGUGGGCACGGCACAAUCAGAUCAAUGAUGCCAGCAAGGGAACGUUAAGCAGCUACACACUGGUGUUGAUGGUUCUGCACUACCUCCAGACUCUUAAUGAUCCUGUCCUUCCCUCUCUUCAGAGGGACUACCCAGAGUGUUUUAAUCCUGUCAUGGACAUCGACAUGGUUCCAGAGGGACCCAAACACAUCCCCCCCUACGUCUCAACAAACCAGUCCUCUCUGGGGGAGCUGUUUAUUGGCUUUCUGAAAUACUAUGCCACAGACUUCAGGUGGGAUAAGCAGGUGAUCUCUGUUCGAGAGGCCAGGGCUUUGCCCAAGACCAGUUCUCACGAGUGGAGAAACAAAUACAUAUGUGUGGAAGAGCCGUUUGAAAGAAAUAACGUCGCCAGGGCAGUCCAUGAGAAGAUCAAGUUCAAUGCCAUUAAAACUCAGUUUGCAGAGUCGUGUCGGAUACUGCAUGGGAGGAAGGACCUGAACUCGAUCCUCCCAGUCAGAGCCAUCAUUAAUAAGGAGUCAUCCAGGAGAUAAGGGAUUCCUCUAAUUAAGAUGAGCUGACUGGAGUCUUCUACCUCAAGACAGGCCUGUGCCCAGAAACAAUGAAAUACCUUUGGGAUGUGCUGAGAGAGGAGCUGAGCUGCCUCUGCACCUCAUAGCCAGAAAGACUCUGGGACUGUGAAAGCUCCGGCUGCCCCCAUGUAGGUCACAUACUGUGUAUCCCGUGGCAGUACCUAUUGACCGUACUGCUCUGUCAAAUGCUUUGCCGCCUUUGCCAAAUUUAUGUAACAUAAUGUGAUUAAGGGAGAGUGGAAGAAGACAUACAAUAUUUGUGGAGUGACACCAGAGGGCUCUGAAAUCAAAUCCUGUCACUAAUACUGGUGACGGAGAGAUGCUGCACUGACGCAGGAUAAUAAUGGUCUGUGCCAUUAGAGUUGAUUAUUGCUGCUACACCACCCUCUUUCCCAAUGCACAUAGCACUCCUGGGAGGAAGUUCGGUUUAUUAACAAAGUAUGAGAGGACACAGUAACACAUACAACCCGCCCAUAUCUGAAGCAACAGCGUUUUGCUUUUAAAGACUAGUCUCUGCCACGUUUCUCUCAGUUCAACCACAUCCAUGUUGUCAGAGCCAUACUGCACAGAGUCAUGAGGAAGAUGCCAAUCUGCUCCUGUCACAUACAUGUACAGUGUAUACAGUAUAUUGUCUGUCUGGACCAACUUGUAACAUCAAAGCCUUUUUUUCUAUUUUUCUAGGUCAGUAGUGAAGCUAUUGUGGGCUUUAACAUUAUAGACACAUUUUCUAUUGCUGCAUUUAAGUCCCUCUCUUUCUUUUUCUGAGCUCAUCUGAAAACAGAGGUUUUUAUUGAAUGAGUAAGUGUCGAAGUGUUGUAAUUUAAAUGGCCCUCAUAAGGUUUUGUAUUAUCUUUCCUCAACUGAUAACAAACAUACCGUCUCAUUUUAGUUCGGCUACCUACCUGAUUUAUCUGGAAAAAACCUGAUGUGUCAUUCACUCAUUUUCGGUUCAUUUAGUACAUAAGUUAUAUGCAGAAUUCACACUUUUGAGUGUGACUCUGUUGUUCAUUUUGUCUUUGGUUGAUAUUUGUCCUCAUGUCUUUUUGUACAUUUUGUACAUUACUGACUUUUAAAUGUUUAUUUAAAAAAUUAAAUCUCUGAAGAUGUA